AGAGCAUUAAAAAAAUAACCAGAAUCAGGGAGAAAAAAUAAUGGCCACCACCGAUGUAGGCUAUGAUCGGCUGGCGGAGCAGAAGGCAUUCAGCGCAACAAAAGCCGGAGUGAAGGGCCUAGUGGACGCCGGAGUCAAAGAGCUACCCCGGAUGUUCCACGCGCCGCCGCAUUUCCUCAACGGCAGACCUCCAGCUCCUGCCGGUGACCCGGAGUUCUCCGUCCCUGUAAUCGACCUGGCAGGUGCGAGAGCCGAUCACGACCUCGAGGAGCGGAAACGAAUCGUCCAAAAAUUCAGCGACGCAUCGGCAAAGUGGGGUUUCUUCCAGGUCGUGAACCACGGUGUCCCGACAAGCACCCAGAACAGGAUCAGAGCCGGGACGCACCAGUUCUUCAACCAGGACGCGGAAGCAAAGAAGGAGUACUUCCGCGCCGAGCCGAUGUCAAAGGUCGUGUACACGUCUAACUACGGCCUGUACACAACGCCAGUUGCCUAUUGA